UGUUUCCCGCUCGAACACCACCCAACUUACUCUUAAUAUCCCUUCGAUCGACAUCAAUAAGUAAGCGAUCAACUGCUGUCUGAUUGCCACGUUCCUUUUUUCUCACCAUUGUUGUCUGGCAAGGAGCGACCGUCAAGAUCUGCCAGGCCCUCAAUCUUGCUCGAAGUCGAUCCCCAGAAGAUCAUCCAACGCGCGCGCAGGGCGGACAUUCCAAUCCUCGGUCAACACAUAUCAUUGUCUCUUGCAGGCAACUUAUUUCUCUUGCAUGCCCUAGACCAGAUCUUCUAAGAUGUCUGUUCUCCCUGCCGAGGUGCAGGGAGCCUUGACCCAGCUCCUCCAAGCCCUCUCCUCUCCCGACAACACUCUCCGCAGCCAGGCGGAAGAGCAACUCAAUAAUGACUGGACUCCCAACCGCCCCGAGGUGUUGUUGAUGGGCUUGGCCGAACAACUUCAAGCCGCGCCAGACUCGUCGACACGAUCGUUCGCUGCAGUGCUAUUUCGUAAACAAGCCUCAAAACAACGCAAAAUUCCUCCCAGCACUGACUCCAAGGAACUGUUCUGGUCCCUCGGCACCGAAGCCAAGACCGCCAUCCGGUCAAAGUUGCUGGAAGGUCUAGCAAGAGAACAGAUCAAUCAAGUCAGGAAUAAAAUUGGAGAUGCAAUCGCUGAGAUCGCACGGCAAUAUGUGGAUGCGGGCACGAACGAGACCUGGGUGGAACUGCUGCAUGCGUUGUUCCAAGCGAGCCAGUCAACCGACGCCGGCAUGCGUGAAUGUUCAUUCAGGAUAUUCUCCACAACUCCUGGCAUCAUCGAGAGAGAACAUGAAGGUGCGGUCCAGGAGGUUUUCCUCAAGGGUUUCAAGGACAGCAGUGUCGAGGUCCGUCUCUCCGCAAUCGAGGCGUUUGCCUCGUUCUUUCAUUCCGUCACGAAGAAGACACAGCCAAAGUAUUAUCCAUUGAUACCCGAAAUUCUCAACAUUCUACCACCACUCAAAGAAGCUGGCGACACCGACAAUCUAUCAAAGGCAUUUGUCUCGCUUAUCGAACUUGCCGAAAUAUGCCCGAAAAUGUUCAAAGGACUCUUCAACAAUCUCGUCAAGUUUAGCAUUUCAGUCAUACAAGAGAAGGAGCUCGGGGAUCAGACACGACAAAAUGCUUUGGAGUUGAUGGCUACCUUUGCCGAAUGGGCGCCGGCAAUGUGCAAGAAAGAUCCCUCAUAUGUGAAUGAUAUGGUUACGCAGUGUCUCAGCUUGAUGACUGACAUUGGAAUCGACGAUGAUGACGCCUCGGAGUGGAACGCGACCGAGGACCUCGACAAUGAAGAAAACGACAUGAACCAUGUCGCGGGCGAGCAGUGCAUGGACCGCUUGGCCAACAAGCUGGGAGGGCAAGUGAUGCUUCCUGCAACAUUCACCUGGCUACCGAGAAUGAUGCAUUCGGCUUCGUGGCGAGAUCGACACGCCGCUCUGAUGGCCAUCUCUGCAAUCUCCGAGGGAUGUCGAGACCUCAUGAUCGGCGAACUAGACAAGGUCCUCGAGCUGGUUGUUCCGUCCCUGAGAGACCCUCAUCCACGGGUCAGAUUUGCCGGGUGUAAUGCUCUGGGCCAGAUGAGCACCGACUUCGCUGGGCCGAUGCAAGAGAAGUACCAUCAGGUGGUGCUGACAAACAUUAUCCCCGUUCUCGAAGCGCCUGAGCCACGAGUACAGGCACAUGCGGCCGCUGCACUGGUUAACUUCUGCGAGGAGGCCGAGAAGUCGAUUCUGGAACCGUACUUGGAUCAACUACUUGGACAUCUCCUCCAGCUCCUGCAAUCUCCCAAACGGUAUGUUCAGGAACAGGCACUCUCCACGAUCGCUACCAUUGCCGACUCGGCUGAGAGUGCCUUCAUUCGCUACUAUGACACCUUGAUGCCUCUUCUCUUCAACGUCCUGCAAGCCGAACAGUCCAAAGAGUAUCGAUUACUCCGCGCCAAAGCCAUGGAAUGCGCAACGCUCAUCGCCUUGGCUGUGGGCAAGGAGAAAAUGGGCCAAGACGGUAUCACACUCGUUCAAAUUCUCGGCAACAUCCAGCAAAACAUCACGGAUGAUGACGACCCACAAUCACAGUACCUCCUGCAUUGCUGGGGACGGAUGUGCAGGGUCCUCGGCUCUGAUUUCGUCCCCUAUCUUCCUGGAGUUAUGCCUCCCUUGUUGGAGCUUGCGGCCGCCAAGGCAGACAUUCAGCUAAUAGAUAGCGAAGACGAAGUGCUGGAAGAGGAGGGAUGGGAGUUGGUGCCCUUGAAGGGGAAAGUGAUCGGUAUCAAGACAUCCACGCUCGAAGAUAAGCAUACGGCGAUUGAACUGAUCACAAUCUACGCUCAAAUAUUGGAAGCCGACUUCGAGCCUUACGUGGCCGACAUCACGGAACGAAUCGCUCUGCCUGGCUUGUCGUUCUUCUUCCACGAUCCUGUACGGGUGGCUUCCGCCAAACUGAUCCCUCAGUUACUCAAUUCGAUCAAAAAACGAUACGGCGACCAGUCGCCGCAGUUGAACGAGAUCUGGACGAAAUGUUCUGAGAAGGAGAUCGAAAUUCUCAGUGCCGAGCCCUCCAUUGACACCCUAGCAGAAAUGUUCCAAUGCUUCUACGAGAGUGUCGAAGUGGUAGGCAAGGGCUGCCUGGCGCAACAGCACAUGGAACAAUUUGUGCAGUCGGUCAAGUCGACAUUGGAGGAGUUCCAGAAGCGUGUCCACGAGCGCGCUGAAGAAAAGGCGGAAACCGCCGCCGCCAACCAAGGCCCGGAUGCCGAUGAAGAGGAUUCCUUGUCUGUACAGUAUGCCAUCGAGGACGACCAGACCCUCCUCUCAGACAUGAACAAAGCCUUUCACACCAUAUUCAAGAAUAUGGGUGUUGCAUUCCUACCGGCGUGGCAGCAACUCAUGCCCUUUUAUGACGCGUUUGUCACUAGCCCGGACCCAAUGCAGCGGCAAUGGGCGAUCUGCAUCUUUGACGAUGUAUUGGAAUUCUGUGGGCCACAGUCCUGGCAGUAUUCCGAUCACAUAAUCCAGCCGCUGAUCAACGGGAUGCGGGACGAAAAUGCGAAUAAUCGACAAGCAGCCGCAUAUGGUGUGGGUAUCGCCGGACAAAAGGGCGGAGAGCAGUGGAGCGACUUUGUGGCUGCGAGUAUCGACAUCCUCUUACAAAUCACGCGUGUCCCUAACGCAAGAAGUGAUGAUGAUGUCUUUGCGACGGAGAAUGCUUGUGCUGCAAUCGCAAAGAUUCUGCACUUCAACGCAGGCAAGGUGGCCAAUCCGCAGUCGGUCGUGGAGCAGUGGCUCGACACGCUACCCGUGGUCAACGAUGAAGAAGCGGCCCCGUAUGCGUACAGUUUUGUGGCGCAACUGAUUGAUCAACAAAAUCCCGCCGUGUUUGCGAAAGCCGCCCAAGUCUUCCAUCAUAUCGCGCUUGCUCUCGAAGCGGAGAUGAUCCAAGGAGCCACAGCCAAGAAAAUCGUCGAGAGUGCCAAGGUGCUGGUUGGCAAGACGGGGAUCAAUGCUGAGCAGGUUCUGCAAGGCCUCAGCGAAGACGGGCAGAGAACCGUGAGGAGUUAUUUUGCAUGAUGCCUCAUUCCGGCCUAGGAGGGGAGAAGGAGAUUGGAAAGAAGGGGGGCUGACUGUUGUCGUCCUCGGCAGCCUUGGACUCGAUCGGGAAAGGAUGCUGCACCGAGGCCGGGAGAGAAUAUCGGAGGCGAGAUAGAUGCGACGAGCGGGAGAGCAAGGAGAGGAUGGACAGCAAAAGACGGAACGAAGAAUGAAACGCCAAUCUCUCUCAGUCACACCCACACUCAUACGCACAUCUGGCUUAUGGAUGUUCGAAGUGGAUGUGAUUUCAAGGCGGGGUUGGUGUUCCGGUCCCCCAUCUUUCUACCGGCCUUUCCACCAUGAUCACUAGGUUAUUUAUGCUAGACGUCUCUCCAUAUUCCCCUUCACUACAACUCCAGACUCAUUGGGGAUUGGGGGAAUUCCUUUUUUCUCUUUGGAAUCAGAACUCGAUAUGAGAUGAGAUGAGAUGAUAGAACCCGGGGCUGGGGAAGCAAGGACGCGAGAAUGAAUGCCAUGUUCCUUACCUUGUUACCACAGCACAUGCCCUACUAGCACGAGGAGAUUGAGCAGCGUGAAUAAAUGGAUGGAUGGGGAAGGCGAGUAGGUAAGUAGGUAAGUAUUACAUAACUAUCUCACUCAGCUGGUGCCCAGUAAGCGAACAAGCAAAC